GGGCUUGACAUUUGGCCAGGAACGAAAUGUCCCAGGGGAUGGAUUCCGUCACGAUGAUGCCAAUAUCAUCUGAAGGGCAAGAAUGGGAAAGCCAAACAACAACACAGAUCAGUGACGUGGAGUCUGAGGUGGAUGACCUGGUGACCCAGACGGGCCCUGAGCUGAUGGAAGUGGUGUCCCCAUCCAGACUGGCGCCCGUGCUCGGGGAGGCUUUCUGCCAAUGUGCCUGGGGAGACGAGCCGAACCCGGGCUUUGGGAUCAGCGCCGACUGCCUCUGUGGGGAGGACGACGACGUCGACGACUUUGACUGGGUAUGGGACCAACGCAUGAAGUCGUCCGGCGCCUUCCUCAGCUGCGACGACCGGAAGGUGAGCUUCCACUCGGACUACAGCUGCGGCACGGCCGCCAUCCGCGGAACCAGAGAGCUCACCGAGGGUCAACACUUCUGGGAAGUCAAGAUGACCUCGCCCGUCUACGGAACGGACAUGAUGGUUGGAAUUGGAACUGCAGAGGUGAACCUGGAGAAGUUCAAGUAUAACUUUGGCAGCCUGUUGGGUCACGACGAAGACAGCUGGGGGCUCUCCUACACAGGUCUCCUCCAGCAUAAAGGUGAGAAAGUGGACUUCUCCUCUCAGUUCGGUCAAGGCUCCAUCAUCGGACUGCACUUGGACACCUGGCACGGUACCUUGACCAUCUACAAGAAUCGACGCUGCGUAGGUGUCGCUGCCACCAAGCUGCAGAACAAGAAGCUCUACCCCAUGUUGUGCUCCACAGCAGCCAAGAGCAGCAUGAAGGUGAUCCGCGCCUGUUACACGCCCACAUCCCUGCAGUACCUCUGCUGCACGCGCCUUCGCCAAAUCCUCCCCGCCUGCCCGGAUGUUCUGAGCGCCCUGGAGCUGCCUCCGGGCCUGCUCGCGCUCCUACGCCGGAGGCUCGGCUGGGUGUUCUCCGUUAUGCAAGACGAGGGGUCAGGCCCAGUCGUCCUCAGUGCCUGCGACUCGCCCAGUUCGGAAGCGGAACAUUGUCCCGAGUCACCGUGUGGUCGCUCCCCGCUGACGCCGCCCAGCAGCGACAACGAAAGUUCAGAGCCAGAAGAUCAUCAGAGUAAAAGAUGCCGCUGGACAUGAAGCCUGCCGCUCCCAUCAGUAAGUCUGUGGCAAUUGUUGCCGUUUAAGAUGAAUUGAACGCUCAACUUGUCUGAACUGAAAUGUGACAAUUGACAAGCAUCAUUUCUAGCGGUAGAGCUUCAAGCGGAAAUGACGGCAAACAUUUUCUUUGUACUAUGCAGCCCCAUUAGUCUAAAUGUGCUAGCCAGAUUAAUAUUGCAUUCAUUACUUGGACUUGGCUUCUGCUUUGCUCUCUUUGUAAGCGAUAUUCAACAGAUUAGACCCCCCCCCCUGAAAAAAU